UAGGGCUGCGGCGGGGACACGGAGCUGGGAAGACAACGACCGAGCGGAGCCGCGCCGCGCCGACCGGAGCCGAGCCGGCCCCGGCGAAACCCAGCGCGGCGCCGCCCGUGCCCCUGCGGGAGGAGGCCGCCAUGGAAGUCAGCGCGGGGGGUGUGAUAGCUUACAUCAGCUCUUCGAGCUCGGCAUCUAGCCCAGCCUCAUGUCACAGCGAGAGCUCAGACAGCGGUUUCCAGUCGUCCUCUUCGCCUGUACCAUCUCCUCCAAACAGCUCCUCCUCGGAAAGCGGAUGCAAUGGCCGGAGCAGUGAAGGCUCUGACGGGGCACCAAAGAGCGAUCGGCUGGAGGAGACUAUUAAAACAAACCAGUCGAGUGUUGCUGGUUUGACAAAAGGCCAUAAUGGAGUCACAAAAUUUAAUGGCAUGGUUCUUCUUUGCAAAGUCUGUGGAGAUGUCGCUUCAGGAUUUCAUUAUGGUGUUCAUGCCUGUGAGGGCUGCAAGGGUUUUUUCAGAAGAAGCAUUCAGCAAAACAUCCAGUAUAAGAAGUGCUUGAAGAAUAACAACUGCUCUAUAAUGAGAAUGAAUAGGAACAGAUGCCAGCAGUGUCGUUUCAAAAAAUGCCUGUCUGUUGGGAUGUCAAGAGAUGCUGUUCGAUUUGGCCGUAUUCCCAAACGUGAGAAACAGCGGAUGUUGAUUGAAAUGCAGAGUGCCAUGAAAACCAUGAUGAACGGUCAGUUCAGUGGUCACUUGCCCAACGAAGCAUUAACAGAGCAUCAAGACCAACCACCUCAAGAAGAUCUUUCCUCCAAGCCCAAACAAGAGCGAGAAACCAUCAAAAGCCCUUCUCCCCCUCCUAGUGCUGACAUAGCUAAGGAGGAGGUGAUCGGUAUGGUCACUAGGGCCCACAAAGACACUUUCAUGUACAACCAAGAGCAGUCCCAAAACCCAGCGGAGAUGAUGCGGCCGCAGAGUGGGGAGAGAGUGUCAAAGAGCUCUGAGCAGUACAUCCUGAGCAACGAGCACUGUGUUGGUGGCCUCGGUGGCCCUCAGUACCCUGAAAGGGAGCAGCACCUUGGCGGACAGUACAAGGGAAGAAGCACAGUGCAUUAUCCCAGUGGGCACGCCGUGUGCUUCACAAACAGCCACUGCAUGAACUUCACCAGUGGGUACGCUCAGCGAAUGUGUGAGAGGGUCCCAGAAGAUGGCUUUUCUCCAAACAAGAAUACCACUUACUCUUGCACCUCUGGAGGAAGAAUGCAUCUGGUCUGCCCAAUGAGUAAGACUCCCCAUGUGGACCCAAACAAGUCUGGCCAUGAAAUCUGGGAAGAGUUUUCCCUGAGUUUUACUCCUGCAGUGAAGGAAGUGGUGGAGUUCGCCAAGCGCAUCCCAGGUUUCCGAGAUCUCUCCCAGCAUGACCAGGUCAACCUUCUGAAGGCUGGGACCUUUGAGGUUUUAAUGGUACGAUUUGCAUCUUUGUUUGAUGCAAAGGAACGUACUGUCACCUUCCUGAGUGGCAAGAAGUACAGCGUGGAUGACUUGCAUUCAAUGGGAGCUGGUGAUCUGCUCAACUCAAUGUUUGAAUUCAGUGAGAAACUAAAUGCCCUGCAACUUAGCGAUGAGGAAAUGAGUUUGUUUACAGCGGUUGUCCUGGUAUCUGCUGAUCGCUCCGGAAUAGAAAAUGUCAAUUCUGUGGAGGCCCUUCAGGAAACACUAAUCCGUGCAUUAAGGACCUUAAUUAUGAAAAAUCACCCAAAUGAAGCCUCUAUUUUCACAAAACUUCUUUUGAAAUUACCCGACUUGCGUUCCUUAAACAACAUGCACUCUGAAGAACUGCUGGCCUUUAAAGUUCACCCAUAGGCCUUUAGGUCUUGUUUGUACUUGGACUUGCCUCGUGUUAAACUGUUUUGUGCUAAAAUAUGUAUUUAUACAGUUGUACCACUUGUUGGAGAGAGUUCACAGAAUGUGAACAGUUGAUAGCUGUCCCAUAACCAUGCAAUAAAGCUUUGGCAGGUGCUUUCAGCUGACGGCGGCGCAGCCUUCGGAAUCCUCCAAGGCAUCCAAACCCAGCUGUGCUGCCCUCCUGCAGAAGAGGCUGCAACGAGCCCCAGUAAAUAUGGACUCUUCUUUCAUGUAGGAAACAGAACCACCACUGCCCUCUCAUGUAAACUGAAUGCAGAGUAGCUGUGUAUGUGCUUAUGGAGCAUGGAAUGGGGUGGGAACAAUCCUGUGCUAAUAGGAGAAUGGAAGAGAUGAUUUAAUUGGUCUUUCAGUUAUCUAAUAGAUGUAUGUCCGUGUCUCUUGAUAACUCACUCAUGGUUUCACUAUUGUUAUUCCAUUAAACCCGAUGGAAUGGUUUCAGCCUGCACCAACUCUUCACUGACUGUGUGUUCAUGCCAUGUGUAUAUAAUAUAAAUAGUUAAGUAGUGAGUGUUUAUGGCUAUAUAAAGUACAGAGUUGUGUGUAUAUAUGUGUAUGUAUAUAAAUAGUUCUAUACAUAAAGUAUACAUAUAAUUUCUUCACAAUAUUUUAAACUGUGAAGGAAUUUAAACUUAAAACAGAAGGUGAUCUAUGGAAAGAACCAAAUAGAUGCACUUUGCUGAACUAAUUAUCUGAGCAUUUUUUAAAAGACAUCAAAUUUGCAUUAAUAUGCUGUGUUUGUUAAUUUAAAAAAAAAAAACCACCAACCAAGAGUGGCACUAAAGAGGCAGAGUCAGAUUCAACUUCCAAAAGGCUUUUGUAGAGAAUCUCAAGCAGAUAUGGUUGGUUGUGGCACUAAUGAGAUGGAUUGUCCAUUGCCACUAAGGUUCUUGUGUUGUGAUAUAGGUUAAAUAAGCACUAGAUGCUCUUCAAAAACUUCAGCACAGCCAGAAAGAAACUAUCAGAUGAGUAGCAAAGUCUGUCAGAAAAAGAAAAAAUGGGAAAAAUGUAUCCAUGGGUGCAUUUGGGUGUAUGUGUGUUCUGUGACUUUAUUUCUUGCAGUACAUCAUUUUGCUGCUUCGUUGCUAAAUGAGAAUUGAAAACAGAAAUGUGAGAUUCCCCACGUCUUUUCACCAUUUGGGCUUUGUGGUUCCCAUGCCUGUUCUUCUGGAGCUCUCCAUUGGUGCGUGUGCAUGUGAGCGUGUGUGAUGUGCAGAGAAGGUGCAUUAGGUGAUCUGGAUUUUUUUUUUCCUUAAAAAAAACACCACAAAAACCAACCAAACAAAUGGAACUUUUUCUUGUUGUUUAUGCCAGUAGGAAAUUGCAAAGCAGAUCCACAAGGCUUAAGAUUGUGCUGCUUUUCCAUCUAGGAAAGCAGCUCUCUAUGGGGUUUUUUCCAUUUGUAGCAGGACCUGGCACCAGAAAAUAGAGAUGAAAAGAAGUCAAAGCAGUUAUGUUAAUUAGUUACACUUAUGUUUUGCUAAUGUGGGAAGAUGCUCCAUCACCCUUGUUCGGUUAACUUGCCUUACAGGUAGCCCUCUGGGUCUCUCGUGUUCGGUAAAGCUGCUGUUUGGAGCGAGUCUGCUCCUGGUAGUCAGGGCCAGGACCCAGGAAGCCUCCAGCCUGCAGAGCUCCUGCCCACACCACGGUGGGCUGGGAGGAGCCUCCUGCCCGUGGUGGAGCUGCAGCAGCAGCAGACGUGUUUCUGCUGCUCAGCAUCAGGAUCUGGGAUGGGAAGAGGGAGGGCUUGCACCUGCCACGCUCCCCUCGCCUUUGGGCUGGGGAUUCCACUUGGACCAGGAGGAAGGGGCUGAGAGCGGGUGAGCAAGUGUUUGGUGAGAGGUGGGGGACAUUGAGCUGUAGCCUUGGCCAAGGAGCAGAAGAGCCCACCCUUUCCUCUCCUCUGCAGCAGAUGCAGGCAGGGCUGUCCUGCUUCAGGCUUCUUCAACCAGUAGGUAAUGGCCCCUUCCUACCUACAGUUGUGCUACCCAAAUGUGCUAUCGGGGCAUAUUGUCCCAUUUCUGUUAACAGUCUGCAUCCUGCCAGUAUUAUUUGUUUGAGAGCUUCUCUGAAUUAUGCAUCAAAACAUUCAGACUUUAGAGAGGAAACAGUCACACGGUUUUUAUUAUUUAGUUGCUGAAAUGACUACUUUUUAGACCCCAUUUCAGACAUGGAAAGUGCAGUUAGCCCUUGGUUGUUCUGGGAGGGAAAAAGGCUUCUUACAGAGAUUGCCACCCUACAGCUGUGUUUUGUUGUGUUUGUUUUAUUUUUUUUCUUCUUAAAACUGUAUUAUUAAGCCUUUAGGAAUGUAUAACCAGGACUGAGUAAUUACUGCUUAUUAAAUUUUUUUUAGUUAGAUUGACCAUGUAUGCCUAUAGAUAGAUAUUCUAACUUGUGCAAUUUCAUCUGAAAUAAAUCUUCCUGUACAUAAUGGAAAAACUCACAUAACAAAAAAAAAAGAAAAGCCCCAAACAGAUUGACUGAAGAAAAAGCUGAUUAAAGUAUGGUUCAAAAGUGACCCAUGUAUAACAAAACCCUAGCUGGACUCUUAGAAGAAAAUCUAAACUCAUUGUGUUAGCUGUGUAUUGUGAGCUCUUCUUUUACUGUGUCACUGGUUAUACACUUGUUAAAUGCUGAGAUAAUAGACUUCAUGCCAGGCAUUUGAGUACUGUAGAUUGGGUCAUUGCUGAAAGAUUAAUGUACUGUAUGACUUAAAUGAAAUUUUUAUUCUUGAUUUUAUUCUUGAUUUUGUUCUUGUUUUAAAAGAUUAAAUAUGGGCAUUAUGUCAGCAAGCUAAACUUGAGUGUCUGUGUUCUUUGUAUUUCUCUGUAUGAAAUCUGGCAGGCAGGACAGCACACUGUGAUGAACAAAGCAGAAGAGAUUCUCUUCUGGGUGAGAACAUCAGCUGCAGAGAGGUCACGGGGCUGAGCUGAGGCACAGCAGCAGGGAGAGCCAGCAUCUCCCUGUCUGUGCUGCUGCUGUGUCUUCCUACGUGUUUGGAUGGGGUUGUCUGGUGCCCUUCAUUUGCUACAGUUACAGGGCUUUUUUUUUUUUUUUUUUUUUUGGGUAGGUCAUUAAAAUAGUUAUUUUAAACACUGCAUUAAUGUGGAGAACAUAACUUUGUAACUGAGAAAAGGAUAAAAUGGGAAUAAAACAAAAAAAGUUGCUGUUUGGUUAAGACAAGUCUUCGAUUUAUAAGAGAGGUAGAGAAAAAACAGGAGGGACAAAGAUCUGUUAUUUUUCAGCUUGAUUUCUUAGAGUGUGCAGUCUUUUAGGAGAUAAGAGAAGCUUCUCCAGGAAAUGUAUCUACUGAUGUUUUAAAAAAAGACACACAACAAAAUAAGUUGAACAAAAUUAUAACUGCUGGUAUUGGAAAAAGUUAACAGCACGAAAAAUGCUUCUGCUGGUGGCUUUUUUUUUUUUUUUUUGGUGGCAUUUUUUCUCUGGUGCCAUCUUUACUUGGCUUUCCUUCUAGUCUGAGCCCCUGUGAAUACUGUCACAAGGCACAGAGGUUCCAGGAGCUGGGAGGUCCUUGGGAAGAGCUCUUUUCAACUCUUGCUGAGUUGGGCCACAAGUAAUUCUUUGCUGUUCGGCUGCAAAAGCCUUACCACAGCGAAUGGCAGGGGCAGCAAAAAACGAUUCUGUUCCCCUCACUCUCCCAACCUCCCAGUCUGGCAGGAUGCUCUGGGAAUGGGAGCAUGAAGUGCCUGUGCUUGUUCAUGAGAAGUUUGCUGGGCUCCGAGUC